GGGAGGGGAGGAGGGGAGCGGGCUGAGGGGGCGGAUGGCGGAGGAGGGGUCGUCAUCCGCGGCGGCCUACCUGGCGGUGGCGGUGGCGGUGGGCGUCGGGUUUGUGGUGGCGGUGGCGGUGGCGGUUCGGCGGAGGCUGGGGCGCGUCGCGGCGCGGAGGGAGGAGGUGCGGCGGCUCACGCGGCUGGCGCAGGAGGAGUCCGAGCUGGCGGAGCGGGAGUCGGCGCGCGCGUACUACUCGGAGCUGUUCCCGGGCGUCGUGCACGCGGCGGAGAUGGCGGAUGCGGCGGUGUGGCCGUCGCCGGCGGUGGUUCCGGCUCAGGUGGAGGUGGAGGCCGAGGCGGAGAUGGAUGCCCGGCCCCUGCUGCAGCCGCAGCCGCAGCCGUCGGUGGGCGCCAAGGGGGUCUGCGCGGUGUGCUUCCGGCCGACGACGUUCAGGUGCAAGCAGUGCAAGGCCGUCAAGUACUGUUCCUUCAAAUGCCAGAUAGCCCACUGGAGACAGGGUCAUAAAAAUGAAUGCCGUCCACCAAGCGCUGAUGUUAAGCAUGAUGAUGGUGCUGAAGUUUCUGUUGUAAAGGUUAAGAAUAUUGAGCAAAGAAGUGCUUCUGAAGAAAACAUAGUGACUGAGGUAGAAACAAUAGCUGAAACCAACAUAGCAGCUACAACCAGCUCUGAAACUUCUGGUGCAAACCAUACCGUGGAGAAUUUAAAUGAUAAAAUAAAAGAUAUGCCCUCAGAAGUAACUUCAAUGGAGGUUCCUGAUGAUGGCCAUUCUGUCAGUGCAGUUAAACUCCCUCAAAGUUCUUCAGAAGUAGCUUCUUUUGACCGUAGAAAGACACAGUCAAAUAUGAAACCUACAACUUCUGUUGAAAAUGGUUCUUACACAAAGGAAUUAGGUGAGGCGUUGGUGUGUAAAUCUCAGCCUUCUCAACCAAAAAUAAGUGGUUCUGGAAGUCUUAUCAACAAAGAGUCCUUAAUUGAUUCCAAGAAGCACGAGGAUUGCUCUCAAAUUAGUAAUAGCCGAAAAUAUGCAGAUAACAACAAUUCUCAAGCUGUUGCCCUAGAACCUAAAACAUCUAGGACUGCCCUUCAUGUGGAAGUUGGACACUCCAAGACAAAAGCUGCUGUCUCAGACAACACUGGAGUGCCAAAAACGGUGCCAUCUGUCUUGACUGUUAAUAAAGUUGCUCCCACACCUGGUGGCCGUUCUGUUACACCUAAUUCAUCAAAAAGGGCUGAUAAUAUUUCUGAAAGGAAUCCAAAACCAUCAGAGAAAGCGAUAUCAACAGCAAAUACCCUGGCAACAUCUCUGAAGAAAAUUGUCAGGCAGCAAACAGUGCCAAAAGUUGUGAGGCAUUAUCCAUCAGAGCCGACACAUUUUCCAUAUGAGCUUUUCAUUAAGCUGUAUGAUAAGGUUGAAUUGCAGCCGUUUGGUCUUCAUAACCUUGGCAAUAGUUGCUACGCAAAUGCUGUCCUUCAGUGCUUAAUGUUUACUCGGCCACUUGCAUCAUAUCUUUUGGGAGGGCUUCAUUCAAAAAACUGUUCCAAAAUGGAGUGGUGCUUCAUGUGUGAAUUUGAAAAACUUGUUGCGGAGGGCAGACAAGGCAAGCCUGCUUUGUCACCAACUGGGAUACUCUCCCAUCUCCCUGACAUUGGAAGUAGCUUUGGUCCUGGUAAACAAGAAGAUGCUCAUGAAUUCCUUAGGUAUGCCAUUGAUGCCAUGCAAUCUGUAUGCAUGAAGGAAGCCAGGAAAAAUGGUGCUCAUCGUUUGCAUGAAGAAACAACACUUAUGCAAUUAAUAUUUGGAGGCUAUCUGCGAUCCAAGAUAAAAUGCACAAGUUGUGAUGCUAUUUCUGAGCAAUGUGAGCGUAUGUUGGAUCUUACUGUUGAAAUAGACGGUGACAUCAGUUCACUGGAAGGAGCACUUGAGCGAUUUACAUCUACAGAAGUCUUGGAUGGAGACAAUAAAUACCAAUGCAGCAGAUGCAAAUCACAUGAGCGUGCUAAAAAGAAGCUGACCAUAUGGGAAGCACCAAAUGUCCUGACUAUUGCCCUGAAAAGAUAUCAGUCUGGAAAGUUUGGAAAGAUCAACAAAGCCAUCCGAUUUCCUGAGACCCUGAACUUGAAGCGCUACAUGAGCGCAAAAGCUGAUGACACUUCCCCUGUUUACAGCCUCUAUGCAGUGGUUGUCCAUCACGAUGUUAUGAAUGCUGCCUUUUCUGGUCAUUAUGUGUGCUAUGUGAAGGACACACAGGGAAAGUGGUAUAAAACAGAUGACAGUCAGGUCAAACCUGUAUCUCUGGAAAAUGUCAUGUCGAAGUGUGCAUACAUGCUGCUCUAUGCAAGGUGUUCACCAAGAGCUCCACGCUCUGUAAGGCCAGCGUUAAUGGCUCAAGAUCCAGCACGUGUAAAGAAGGCCAAGUCAAGGGUAAAUUCAGGACGGUGGCAUGGAGUAGAUCCCAUUAACAGACACCAAGGCGGCCAAUUGCACGCAGAUCACAUGACAGAUGACUUGCCCAAUACAUAUGAUGAGUAUGGACAUGCACCAUAUUCACCAGCAGAAUCUCCUAGUCCAAGUGAGAGUUCAUCAAUUUUCACCAAUUCAGACACAGGGUCACAUAGCACUGACAGCAGCGAGAGCACUAGAAACUCCACCAGUGAGGAUAUGGAGUACUACAUAUUUGGACAGUCAGAUCAAGUUCCAUAUUCGGAUGGCUCUAUGUUUGGACAUGGGGAAAGCGACCGCAGCGUGUAUUCCCGAUCACGAUCCAGCUUGGGUACCAGCUCAUCGGGUCAAGAGGUGGAUCAGUAUAGGCCUGACGAGCACAGGCUUCAGGGUACCAGGGAGGGUUGGAGUCAGGGAGAUGAAAGUUCUUCCUUGUAUACUAACCAAAGUAAACAUCACUUUAGUAGUAAGUUAACAGAACAAUAUAGGGGGAGGUUAGAUGGGACUGAGCAUGAUCCUGGAGAAGCCAGUAGUGUUUUAUUGAGGAGAUCGGCUAGGGAAAGGACGGCCCAAACAUUUUAUUGACAUGUGAAGGGUUUGGGUUGUAGAGGUGUAAUAAUGUAGUAGUAUGUAUUAUUACCCCCUGCAAUGGAAAAGGAAAAAAAUGGCCCAGUUCGUAGAAAAUGGCAGAAAUUUCAUUCGGUGCA